GGUCAUGGUGGCGGCAACGCGCACGACCCUCAACUCAACCGGGCCAAGGGCCACAAACGGCGAGGUGGCGGACAAGAAAAGAUUAUGGCCCAUGCUGUCCUUUUUUUCCGCGGGGUGGCGGACAAGCAGAGCGGAGUGAGAGACUGAAGUGGGGAACAAUGGCGCUGGAAAUCGGCGGCGACGCCAAGAGGCCGCGGCUGCCGGCGGCAGCGGUAGACCACCUCUCGGCGCUGCCGGAGCCGCUGCAGCUGCGCAUCCUCUCCUUCCUCCCGCUCAGGUCCGCCAUCCUCGCCUCGUCCCUCUCCCGCGCCUGGCGCGGCCUCUGGGCGCGCCGCUGGGAGGACGACGGGAACCCUUCCCCCUCCCUCCACCACCACCUCCGCCCGCACUCCACCCCCUCUUCCAACAAGCUCCUCGAGGCCCUCGAGCUGCGCCAGUUCCAGGGCCGGCGCGGGCGAAUCGACCGCUACUCCCUCGUCGUGGACACCCUCGCGAUGCGCGCCCGCGGGCUCGACCGCUACUACCUCGUCGUGGACACCCUCGCGAUGCGCGCCCGCGGGCUCGACCGCUACCUCGCCGCCGCCGUCCGCUGCGGCGUCGAGCUGCGGAGGACGCGUCCGGCGGACACGCCCCUCCUCUUCCACUUCCCGGCGGGGGCCGGACCCGCCCUCGCGCGCCUCUCGCUGCGGGGCAUCGGGGUCUCCGGCCUCCAAGGCAGGGCCGCCCGGCCCUGCGCCGCCCUCGAGGCUGUCCUCCUCCACUCCGUCCGCCUCGACGAUAGGGACCUGGCGAGGAUGCUGGCGUUGUGCCCCCGUCUCCGCGUCCUCGGCCUGUGCUCCUGCACGGGCAUCAGUCGUGUCGUCGUGAUGGCAGUGAUGGGGCUCACCAGCCUCAGGAGCGUCACCAUCGUAGACUGCACCUGCCUCAUCGGGGUGGACUUCACGGUGGUCUCUAGCCUCCGGUCCUUUCGCUACAGCGGUGGUUGUUUCUUCUAUCUGCCCGGCGACGCCUUGUUCGCCGACAUCGACAUCCGUUUCGGCGUCAAGAAAAGCCGCAAUGUCCUCAUCUGCCAGAAGGUGUUCAGUGAGUGAUUCGAAAGCCGCAUUUGCUCAAAACUCGCUACCCUCACCAUCUGCAGCAAUGUCCUCUUUGUUGUGUCUUCCUUGCUUAAUGCAACCUCACAUGACGAAUCGACCAAGAUGGGGGGCGACUUAUUUCAAAGCAUGACGGAACUACAAUUGCUUAUGUUUGAAAUGAAGGCCCCUGAGCUUGCAAACAUCUACGUGUUCCUCAAAAAGAGCGGCUAUUCUCUAAUCUAGAGCGGCUAUUUGUGCAGCUCCCUAUUGCCCCCCGCGAGCCCUUUGUGGAUUUGUUUGACUAUGUGGGUUAGAGCUGCCACCGGAUGUUUUGGAAAACCUCGAGAUGGUCAAGAUUAUGAAUUUCAGUUGGAACCACUUUGAGCUGCAGCUGGUGUGUUUUUGUUGAGAAAGGCUAGCUCUCUUCGUAAACUGCUACUGAUCACUCCCAGUUUGGUGCCAUUGCACAUGCCUGGUAUUCAGAAGGCAGACCUUUUGUUUCUUGCAGAAGCUGUGGCGAAUGGAAAAGUAAUUCUCAGUGUGUCUGACGAUGCGGCAACCCAGCCAUUUCAUUCAGAUGUCUCUGCCGACUUUUAGUUGCUAGUCAGAAGUGGAAUUAUGGCCCUAUAGCUUGUAAUGUUUUCGCCCGACCUGCCUUUGGAGGCUUUCUGACUGUCGUGAGAAAGUAAAUUUGUAUGCUACAAGGAUUAGCAUGACAUAUUUUGGUAUUGAUCGUAGCAAGCUAAUAAUGAUGCAGCUCAUCAGGCUAAUAUAUUCUAGAGAUAUCUAUAUUCUACAGGGACUACUGCUGGAGAGGACAAUAGAUCUACUGGAGUGCUGUCAUUCGCAAUUUAUAAAAUUAAAGCCUGCCCUUGGGUCAUGAGUGGUUCGCAUUUUUACAGAGUUCCCACUUGCAAGUGCCCUUGGAAGGAAUGAUCAAUAGUGGUGUGAUGUCUGUUGUCAUGCAUUUUUCUUGUGAUGUAGUGGCGUGGAAGGAAUGUUCGCCGGAAGUGAGGCUGUAUUACUAGAGGUGGUGUGGUGUCGUGCAAUUCAGGCCAUGUUAUUAGGCUUGGUUCAAGACUGGGGAGUCAAGAUCUAUACUUUGGUUUAUCUUUUGAUAUUUCUCUAUGCUGUUUUGUAUAGUCAACAAUUGAGAUUCCCUGUUUUUCAUUGAUCAUAUUAUGGUUGAGUUUGUUUCGUAAGAAACCUCCUUGCUCUUUCAGAUAUUGUUUGCUACAUAUCCUGCAACCUUGCUAUAUAUUGCCCACGCUGUAGGUAUGAACUAUUUGUUGCAUAUUCAUUUUGUCUGGAGGACUCAAUACUGUCGGUGAACUAUAUGUCUUGUGAUUUGUUUCAGCUGAACUGCUCUAAGGGACAAAUUAUGCUUUAAGUCAAGUUGUGGUGUUAAACAUAAUUUUUAAGCUGCUAGAUUAUACCAAAAGACACCAUUGCCUUGUAUUACUGAUUUAGUUGUUCUAUUGAGACUUAUACCUUCUGCUUUGCUUCUUUAGUUUUCCCUGUAUCAAAUCAAUGUCCCUUCCCUUCCUUUUUAGGCUGUUUUCUUUUAGCAAUUCCAAAACACCUUUAUCAUGUGCAUACUACUGUUAACUUGUCAUGACUCAUACUGCAGUUAACAUCAUGUUUCUUUCUCUCUCUUUUUUGUCAUCGAUUAAUAGGAGAAACAUUUUGGAGGAAAGUGGCCGGCGAAUCACGAUUAACAGGAGAAACAUUUUGUAGGAAAGUGGCCGAGGAAUCUACACUAGAUAAGGUUAAUGCCAUGAAGGUAAUCUACACUAGGAGAAACAUUAUGAUGUACGGUCACUCGAGGCCACUGUUGUGGUUGAUGAGUUCCAGUUCAAGCAGCUUGGUAAUUUCCGAUCCUGCGGGGGUUCCUUCUUCUGUGUAUCUCUUGAUGCAACUCGAUUGACCACAGCCGUGCAGUGCUUAAUUUGUUCCAUCCAGGUUACUUUGCUAUGGACACUGAUUGUCACCCUGUGUCAUUCUUAUGGCAAGGUGGGACCCAAGUGAACCGUAGAAAAGCUUGGAUUCUGUUUGCUUGUAGGGAGAAAUUUAGAAACGUAGUGAUGCCAUACAACACACCAAUGGCCAAAACGCCUUUUGUGGUUAUUGUUACAUAGUAGCCUUUUUGUUGUAGUAGUUGCAAACAGGGUUCUUCGUGGAAGGAAGAAAAAAAUGAUGUCCAUGUUGGUUAUGGUUCAGCGAAUAUCCAGUCCAGUGCACUGAGCUUGCAGACAUCUAUGUGUUCCUCAAGAAUAGUGGCAGUUCUAAUCUAGAUUUCUUCUCCAUUCUUGAUUAGACAUAUAUGAUCAGAUUUGCCUUGAUUUAAUAUCCAUUCUUGAUUAUUAUAGCUUCGUAUUUCUUCUCCGAUAUUUGGGUUUUGUUCGGCCAACUUGUUCUAUUUAUCUUGCAAUGGAAAGAGGUGCUUUGGAAUGGGUUCG